AUGCUGAGGUGGGCUGCGCUGGCCAUAACCCGCGCCUGCUGUCGCGCCGCCGAGCGGUGUGUCUGCAACUCCGUCGGCUGCGUUGGCUCGUUAAUCAAGAAAUCCGUCGACUGUGAGCCUCUCGCGUCCCUGUACUACUACAGCGGCAUCCACAGGCACCGCGCCUUCAACCUGCUGGUCGAGAUCUGCGCCAUCGAGGGGGCGUUCGUCCGCCAGCAGACGGUGGUGGAGCUCAUCGUCGGCGAUCAGAAGGUUGCCAUGACAGCGCUGCCCACCGACCCCAAUGGCAUGAUCGAGAGCGUCGGCAGCCGCGGCUCCGUGUUCAUCAGCCAGCGCGACUGCGAGGUGCAGCUCGCGUUCUACCGCAAGCACCUGGUGACCAAGAAGCACAUAGCCACGAUGAAGUUCGACGUCGAUCGCGACAUCCUGUCGGCGGGCCUCCCGAAGAGCAAGUGGUUCAUCCUGCGCGUGGAGAGCCGCGCAGUCGGGCGCGUCAAGCUUUCGUUCCACCGGAUCGACGCGAACAAGAGCGUCGUGGACUGCCUGGUCCUGCAGCAGUCGCUGCUGUGCAUGCAGGACUACCGUGACGAGGGCAAGCAAGUCGAAAUCGACCUGAGCGGCGACGGGUUGCUGCUGUACCACGAGAAGCUCCACCUGUUCUCGUUCGCCCUCGAGGGCCCGCUUAUCGCAAAGGAGGAGUGCGCAUCCGAGAUGCGCUACUACAAGGUCAUGCUGGUGGACGGCGCGUGGCGCUGGUGCUACUGGAGCUCGAAGGCGGACUGCCGGUCCGGCAGGCGCCCGCAGGGCUCCGCCGCCAUCCUGGCCAUAAGCACCGUCAUCCGGCACCCUACCAACUACACCUCCUUCUACGUGAAGCACUACACCCGCGAACGCAGCCACGACGUCAUCCUGAAGGCCGUCGACCGCAGCCGCGACAUCUGGACGGACGCGCUCUUCCUCUUCAUCGCCGAGACACGGCGGUACUUGGAGCACUUCGAAAACUUUGACGCCUACGAGCGCCACUGCAUGGUCUGA